GACAAGAAUGAUCGGGUGAAUUCUGUGGUGGACAUAAUUAAGAAUUUUGAAAGUAAUAUCCAUCUUAUUGCUGAAGAUAUUGUUGAAGAAGCGCGUGACCGUAUUUCCAACUCUUUGUUUAGAUUUUUAAGAAAGGACAAGCAUACGAAUUAUAUUGAUAGGUUUUUGCUACAAGAAUUUAAGUUUUGCCGAUCAUUUCUUCGGGAUAAUGAUGAUGUCCUUGUUACCAAGGCUGACAAGGGUCAAGUCACGGUGGUUAUGGAAAGAAACACCUACAUCAAUAGGAUGACUGACCUACUCAGCGAUAGUUUGACGUAUAAAAAACUUAAGAACGAUCCCACUAGACAGAUCACCUCCAAAAUUAACGGUCUGGCAAAGUCGUGGCGUAACAAGGACAUCAUCAGUGAGCAACUGUUUAGACUAUUAAACUGUACUAAUGGGAACCUCCCAAGAUGUUAUGGACUUCCGAAGAUCCAUAAAGAUGGCUCACCUUUACGAAUCAUUGUUUCCACUUUAGGGAGUCCACUGUAUAAUAUGGCUAAUUUUUUACACAACAUUUUGGUCAAAUCCGUUCCUAAACCUGAAUCAUAUAUCAAAGAUGGUUGGUCGUUUGUAGAAUUGAUUAGAGACGUGAGAAUUGAAGAUGAUGACGUCCUGAUCUCUCUGGAUGUCACCUCUCUUUUCACGAACAUCCCGAAAGACCUCGUAUUACAAGCGAUAAAGAAUAGAUGGAAUCACGUCUCUAAUGAAACGAAACUUAGCCUUCCCCAGUUUUUGUCAGCUGUUGACUUAAUUCUCAGUUCCACGAGUUUUUCUUUUAACGGCCAAAUAUACGAGCAGAUCUUCGGAAGUCCUAUGGGUUCCCCUCUCUCCCCCAUUCUUGCUGACAUGGUCAUGGAGGAUCUGGAGACAAAGUGUUUACAAAUGCUUAGCUUCCCUGUACCUUUCUUUAAGAGAUAUGUCGAUGACGUGUUCGCAAUUGUUCCCAGGUUGAAAGUCGAUGAGAUACUUACAGUUUUCAAUAACUACCAUAACAGAUUAAAAUUUACUUACGAGUUGGAAAAGGAUGGUUCUUUAAGUUUUCUUGACACAAUGGUGAUCCGCGAAAAUAAUUUGUUACUUACUGAUUGGUACAGAAAACCCACUUUCUCAGGACGUUAUAUUAAUUAUUUUUCGAACCAUCCUUUUAAAUACAAAAUUAAUAUUAUACGGAAUCUUGUUGAUAGAGCUAUCCUUUUAUCUGACACGCGUUUCCACAAGAAUAACUUAAGCGAAAUAAAAAAGAUUCUUUCAAACAAUUGUUAUCCGAACAAAGUUAUCAACAGAUACAUCAAUAUCAGACUUAAUGAGCUGCGGACGCGUCACAACAAUUCUAAUAAUUCCAACAGCGAUAGCUUGGCUCGGGAUCCUCGAAAAUUUAUAACCAUUCCGUAUGUUAAAGGCCUAAGCCACAACGUCGGCCGCACAAUGCGCGAUGCGGAAUUUAAAGUGCUGCUCACUAUUCCGAAGAAAUUAGACUGCAUCAUAAAAAAGGGGAAAGACAAGUUACCGAAUCUUAAACAAACUGAGUUAGUGUACAGGAUUGAUUGCGCUAAUUGUAACGCUGCAUACAUCGGUCAAACAAAAAGACACUUAGAGACGCGUAUUAAGGAACAUGCUUGCGACAUUAGGAAAAAUAGCGAUAAUCAUUCUGUCGUGAGUAAGCACCGUCUCACUCACAAACAUGAUUUCAAUUGGCAACAACCAAAAAUUUUAUACAAGGAAAGACAGUUCAAGAAGCGUGAAAUCUCUGAGAUGUUUUUUAUUAAGAAAUGUGACAGCGCAAUCAAUCUACAAAAAGACACCGAAAAUUUACCAGCGAAUUACAACCGUGUUAUUGACGCAACUUAGGUUUGCCGGUUUGUUUUGUCCGUGAGCACAGUUAGUUAUUCGCCUAUUAUGUGUCUCUCAGUACGACUUUGACUGUGGAGAGGUAUGGAUGUGCUCUCUGACAUGACUUGCCUUUUUCUUUCCCUCUACAACCUGUCUUUUGACACGCACAACAUUUGCGAUUGCAUGAUAUGGUUUGGGCACUAAUGUCAGCGAAUUAAAAAAUGUUGUGUGCGUGGUUCUAAUUCACUUGAUAAGGACCAGAAGGUGGUCGAAACGUUGUGAAGAAUAAAAUUGUUUUUGGCC